GGUAUUUCUCGAGGGUGACUACCCAACUUUAUGAUCUUCAUUUGAGAUACCCCAUAUGAGAUCUAGUCAUUGCCAAUGACGCCUGUCUAACCCUUCAUCACGACGAUUCACCAUCCCUCGGUAGUCUCCUUUAAUUUCUACCGAUUUCAAAAUGCCCAAUACAUCUCUUCGACGCCCCCAGAAGGGGUAUGCUCGCCGAGGCGGGAAGCAAGCAUAUCAUGGUGGCGGGACUCGUAAUCGAACUUUUGCUGCCUCGACUCGUACCGAGGGAACAUCAGCGGAUGAAAAGGCCGAGCGGGCACUACUCGCCCACCAAAUAGACGAGUCAAUGGGAUUUGCUCGCUAUGAAUCCGGUCGAAGGAAAGAAGGGUGGCUUGUCAAUAUCCAACCAACCACAAUAGCGCUCGAUGACGACCGAACCCCUGGUGGCAAGGCGGCGCUAGAUUGCUACUUCAUAGAGAAUGAUGGUCAGACAUUCAAGGCGACAAUUGAAUACGAGCCAUAUUUUCUAAUAGCCUGUCGAAAGGGAAGAGAAGGCGAGGUAGAAGAAUGGCUGAAGCGAGUACCUGGCGGUGGUGUCGUUCGUAGCGUGAAAAAGGUUGCCAAGGAGGAUCUAUCUAUGCCCAAUCACCUACUCGGAUACCGACGGACUUUUCUCGAGCUACGGUUUAGAAAUGUGCCGGAUUUGAUGUCUGCAAGAAGAGACAUCAUGCCCAUAGCGGAGAAGAACAAGAAAUCAAUGGGCACGGUUGAUGUAUAUGCAGAGGUUGCUUCAGAGCAAGCAGGUUUUGACCUCUUUGAUGACGAUACACGAGAUGACGACAGACGACAUAAUGCUUCAUUUGCAGAUGCCAGCGACUACAUUGUCGAUAUUAGAGAGUACGAUGUGCCGUACCAUGUAAGAGUAAUGAUUGAUAUGAAUUUCCGAGUAGGAAAGUGGUAUUUCGUGGACGUUAAACACGGUAUCACCACCCUGACUCUGAAUGAGGAACACAUGGUCCAGGCAGAUCCCGUGGUAAUGGCUUACGAUAUCGAAACAACCAAAGCCCCCCUAAAAUUUCCCGAUGCCGCCAUCGACCAGGUCAUGAUGAUAUCGUAUAUGAUCGACGGCCAAGGUUUCUUAAUCACAAACAGAGAGAUUGUAUCCGAGGACAUUUCAGACUUUGAGUAUACCCCUAGACCCGAAUAUCCUGGCCAAUUCAUGAUAUUCAACGAGCCCAAUGAAAAGGCCGUCAUCGAACGCUUCUUCUCACACAUCAAAGAGGCAAGACCGACAGUUAUUGCCACCUACAACGGUGACUUUUUCGAUUGGCCAUUCGUAGAAGCAAGAGCAAGCUUCAAUGGAAUUGAUAUGUAUCGAGAAAUUGGAUGGAAGAAAGAUUCCGAGGAUAUCUACAAGUGCACGUACGGCGUUCAUAUGGACUGUUUUGCAUGGGUUAAUCGAGAUUCCUACUUACCCCAAGGAAGUCGAGGUUUGAAGGCGGUCACCGUUGCCAAGCUUGGUUACGACCCAGACGAACUCGACCCGGAACUCAUGACGCCGUACGCAAAUGAGAGACCUCAGACCCUAGCGGAGUACUCGGUAUCCGAUGCUGUCGCUACCUACUACCUCUAUAUGAAGUAUAUCCACCCCUUUAUCUUCUCACUAUGUACAAUUCUUCCCCUGGGUGGUGAUGAUGUAUUACGGAAGGGAACUGGUACUCUUUGCGAGAUGCUGUUGAUGGUGCAGGCAUAUCAGCAUGAAAUCAUUCUGCCAAAUAAACACAUGUCUCCUAAGGAAUCGUUUUGGGACGGGCACUUACUUGAUGCCGAGACCUACGUUGGCGGUCAUGUUGAAAGUAUCGAAGCAGGGGUAUUUCGAGCAGAUAUACCCGUGGACUUUGCCGUUGACCCUAGCGCUAUCGAUGAUCUGCUUCGUGAUCUCGACGCGGCUCUCAAAUUCGUCGUUGAAGUUGAGGAAAAGAAGUCAUUGGCCGAUGUGACGAAUUAUGAUGAGGUCAGAGACCAGAUCGCUUCCCAGUUAUUGCAACUAAAAGAAACACCCAAUCGACUUGAGAGGCCGUUGAUCUAUCAUUUAGAUGUCGCAUCCAUGUAUCCAAACAUCAUGACAACAAAUCGGCUGCAGCCCGACUCUAUGAUUGACGAGUCGGACUGCGCCGCCUGCGAUUUCAAUCGUCCCGGGAAGACUUGCGAUAGAAGGAUGCCCUGGGCCUGGAGAGGCGAAUACUUGCCUGCAAAGCGAGAUGAAUACAACAUGAUUCGACAUGCUCUGGAAAACGAGAAGUUCCCUGGGAAAUGGCCGAAAUCGCCGCUACGAACAUUCCGAGAAUUGCCGGAAGAAGAACAAGCUGCUCUCAUCAGAAAACGGUUACAGAUGUAUAGUCAAAAGGUUUACCACAAAAUACGUGAUUCCACGACAAUUGUUCGCGAGGCAAUCAUCUGUCAAAGAGAGAAUCCUUUCUAUAUCGAUACUGUAAAAGAUUUCCGAGACCGUCGGUACGACUAUAAGGGACAGGCAAAAGUUUGGAAGGGCAAGACCGAAUCGCUUAAGUCUUCUGGGGCAGCAAAUUCUGAAGUUGACGCGGCCAGGAAAAUGAUUGUCCUCUAUGACUCCUUACAACUUGCGCACAAGGUCAUUCUAAAUUCAUUCUACGGCUAUGUUAUGCGAAAAGGGUCGAGAUGGUACUCUAUGGAGAUGGCGGGUGUGACAUGUCUGACGGGAGCAACAAUCAUUCAGUUAGCGAGAUCAUUGGUUGAGCGCCUCGGGCGACCCCUAGAACUUGAUACUGAUGGUAUUUGGUGUAUGUUGCCGGCAACGUUCCCUGAGAAUUUCGCCUUUAAGCUCAAAAACGGCAAGAAGUGUGCUAUCUCAUACCCCUGUGUGAUGUUGAAUCACCUUGUCCACGACAAGUUCACCAACCAUCAAUAUCAGACGCUAGUUGACCCAAAGACGUUCAAGUAUGAGACACACAGCGACAACUCGAUCUUCUUCGAGGUCGACGGUCCUUACAAGGCCAUGGUUUUGCCGACCUCGAAAGAAGAAGACAAGAACUUGAAAAAGCGGUAUGCCGUCUUCAAUGACGAUGGCAGUCUAGCCGAACUUAAGGGAUUUGAGGUGAAGCGAAGAGGUGAACUUAAGCUCAUCAAGAUAUUCCAACAGCAGAUCUUCAGGUUCUUCUUAGAAGGAACUACCCUCACUGAAUGCUACGCCGCGGUAGCAAAGGUCGCGAAUCAAUGGCUGGACGUUCUAGAUAGCAAAGGCUCCACGUUGGCCGAUGAGGAGCUCAUUGACCUUAUUUGUGAAAACCGGAGCAUGUCCAAAACCCUCGAAGAGUAUGGCACUCAAAAGUCUACUUCUAUCACAACCGCGAAACGUUUAGCAGAGUUUCUCGGCGAGCAGAUGGUGAAAGACAAGGGUCUAAACUGCAAGUACAUCAUUUGCGCCAAACCUCGUAAUGCCCCCGUUACCGAACGUGCCAUACCAGUCGCUAUCUUUUCAGCCCCGACAGAAACCAAACGACUGUAUUUGACGCGAUGGCUCAAAGAAGAGCCAUCCGACACUGACCCUAGGGCGCUUCUGGACUGGAAUUACUACUCAGAACGUCUAGGUUCCGUCAUCCAGAAACUGAUCACCAUCCCCGCUGCGUUGCAGAAAGUUCGUAACCCAGUUCCACGAGUGCCCCAUCCAGACUGGCUUCAACGGCGAAUCAAUAUCAAGGAUGACAAGAUGAAGCAGAAAAAGAUGACUGAUCUGUUCGCGAGUGCCAAGGGUCCUCUGGAAGAUAUAACGAAUCUUACAGGCUCGAGAUUAGAUGAUCUUGAGGAUUUUGGGACGAAGCUACUCAAACCAAAGAGUACAGCUGCAGCUAUCAGUGCUUCACAAAAAUUAUCAACAGCGACUAAAAGAAAGUCGCCAGAACCGGACAAGGAAAUUGUCGACCCAUUCUCAGCACUUCCGAGGGUGAUGCCUAACCCCGAGGAUGACUAUCCAGCUUUCCUAGAAUAUCAAAAGAUCAAAUGGAAGAUUCAGAAACAGGCGCGGAUCCGCCGGCGACAUCUAUUUGGAGAUCGGCGCGGUAAUGCGAGCAAUAAUAUACAGCAAACAUUCCGUCAACAAGCCGAGGUCGCAUUUCGGAAUACGUGGCAGCUACUCCAGCUCCGCGCAACAGAUAACCCUGGCGUAGUGACCGCAUUCGUCUUAAUCGAUGCGAAGGUCCAUCAAAUCAAGAUCAAGGUCUCUCGACAAGUGUUUUUGAACCUCAAAGGGAAGGACCUGCCUGACAUUGAUGUGGAGGGUUGUGAUGUUGAGCAAGUCUACCAUACCCUACCUAACGGGCACGCAUCGACUCAUCUAUUCAAAAUCACCGUACCUGAGGAUGUUUACUUCGCAGAAGCGGAUAAGUUCUCACUACUAUUCAACCAUCCCAGUGUGGAGGGUGUAUAUGAGAAGCAAGUACCACUAAACAUCCGAGCAAUGCUUCAACUGGGAAACCUCUGCACCAUUGACGAAACUCGACCAGGUGUACUCGGCAAGGGCCUAGAACAAGGCUUCGAUCUUGAUGGCUUGAGGAAGCCAGCUAAACCGAAGACCUACUUGGACUCUAGCCCACUUGCGUAUCUCUACAUUUCACAUAUUACCGCAGGUGAAAGACAAAUCUUUGGUUUGUUCUCUUCGAGGAAAGACCAAGCCUACAUCGUCAUCCUUCAGAAGAGCAAAGACGUCGGUAAAGAUUUACCAAACAUCACCAAACUGUACAGUGAGAUGUUCGCUAGGAGACAAAAAGAGGCGGAAGGGACCAAUUGGCAAGAUUGCUUUGUGUAUCAGGAGAAGCUGACCUUCAAUGUCACUCAGGUGACAACACGACGAAAAGCUCACCUCGAGCUUAGCGAACUCGUCAAGAAGAUGAAGAAGGAUGAAAUCAAGCCUCUGAUGCUGGUGAUACAGUCAUCACAACAGAAUCUACUUGUUCACGAUGUUCCAAUCCUUGCGGAAUUCCCUAUUCUCCCUCUUCGAUAUGACCAGGCAGAUAGCUUGCUUCCUCCCCUUGGUUGGCAACCUGUCGUUGCUAAACGUCUCCUUGCGCAUUACCUCAACCUUGGCUCGUGGAUUCUCCAUCUUACUGCACUGGCUCGAUAUGGCGAUAUCCCACUGUGUAACUUGGAGCGCGACGACCCUAGAUUCCUUAUUGACGUUGCAUAUGCUCGCCGUCUACAGUUGAAUAAUGUCGUGUUAUGGUGGUCACCAGGGCCUAAACCAGACCACGCUGGCUACGAAAAAGACGACGUGACGGGUCCUCUCGAUACUGUCUCUAUGCCGUCUAUCAAUACCCACGGUACAUACGCAUCGGUUUGCAUUGACCUCGAAGUUCGUAAUCUCGCCAUCAACACUAUUCUCACGUCAUCCCUGAUCAACGAACUUGAGGGCGCGGAGUCUAUCUCAUACAAUCCGGCUACAGACUCGGCGCCAUCAGAUGGAACAGAGAUGCUCCAUUCCGAAUCAGCAUUUGCCAACGCAGGCGUACUAGUACUACGCGAGAUGGUCAAGUCAUGGUGGGCCGAGGCAUGCAGCGGGAGUCCAAUGGCAGAUAUUCUAGUGCAGCAUUUAGUACGAUGGGUCGAAUCUCCAGAUUCUUUCAUGUAUGACCGAGCACUCCAUUACUACGUGCAGAUGAUGAGCCGCAAAGCUCUUCUGCAGCUUAUGGGAGACUUCCGCCGUGUGGGUUCGCAAGUUGUAUUUGCGAAUUCCAAUCGACUCCUUCUACAGACUACUAAGUCAGAAGUAGGCAACGCCUAUGCAUAUAGUCAGUACAUUCUCAAAAGUAUCAAGAGCAAACCACUCUUUCACUUUAUUGAUCUCGAGAUCAAAGAGUAUUGGGACUACCUGGUAUGGUAUGAUGAGUUUAACUACGGUGGAAAGGCCUGUCAGGAGGUUGUCGAGGCCGAACAGCAGGACCUGCAGACCAUUAUGAACUGGCAGAUGAAGACGUUCUUGCCCCUUCGUCUACAAGAAACCUUCCAGCACUGGGUCGUUGAAUUCAUACAACUUAUGCAUAAACUCAAGCGCCCAUCCAUAAAUGGAGAGCCUGAUUCCACGCCUCGUCUCACGCAACUACCACUGCGCAAUGGUUCACAGGGCGAUGGUCCUGAAUCCCAAGACCUCCUCGGCGUAGCCUUUGAAAAGCGUCUCAAAAAGGAAAUCCGAUCCCUCGUCACAACCCAAACUCGUGAACUUCUACAUCCCGAACUUGCAUCGGACUGGUCAUUCCCAGUCUUGCCAGGUGGCCAUAGCAAGAACGUGCAGAAUCGCAACGCGGUGCUCGAACUCGUUAAAUCUCUCAUGCAGGUGUUGUCUUUAGAUAAGAACAUCACGAUGGAAGCACGAUUACUAAGGAAAGAACUACUUGCGCUCUUCGAAGUACGCGAGUUCAGCAAAGAAGGUGCUUUCGCGAACCCGAGUGAGAGUCUCAAGGUACCGCAGUGGAGCUGCUCUGAGUGCACGCUUGCGCGUGACUGGGACCUAUGCCGCGAUGAAAGCCUGCUUCCAGACCUAAGCAUCGUGCCGGUGGGCAACGAGACAGAAGUGCGCAAAGCAGCUGCGGCGAAGACAUGGCACUGCCCGUUCUGUGAUGCGGAGCUCGAACGACUACGUAUUGAGGAGAAGCUUCUCUCAGAUGUGCAAGCAUUGGUUGUCGAAUGGAGCACGCAGGACCUUAGGUGUGAGAGGUGCGGGAGCGUCAGGUUGAACGAUCUUAUGGAGCACUGCACAUGCAGUGGUCCGUGGAGGGAGAGUGUAAAGAAGGAGGAUGUUCUAAGGAAGUUAGGGGUGUAUCAGGGCGUCGCGAAGUGGUAUGGAUUGAGGAUGCUGGAAAAUCUUGUUCAGGAGGUGCUGGGCGGUCUAUAAAGGAUAAGUGAAAACCCGGCUAUCAAUACCUGAAUAAGUCUAUAAUCUUGGACGUAUCAUGGUAUCAUUUUGGCAAGACGCUCUGAGGGAGGGCAAGGUAAAGGGAUGACAGGGUAUGACUACGGCGUUAUGGCAUGGGGAGUCAAUCGCAUUUUCAGUUUGCGGCACACGAUAAUACGUGGCUGGAUGGGUAUAUUAGAUACGAAUUAAUUCUACCUGAUGAGUACA